AUGCUUGUCCUUACUCAGACUGGCUCAUCCAUGGUCUGGAGGGGCGUGGGGAGCAGGUCAAUCACAUCUACGGGGGGGUUAUCACAUCAAUUGGUCCCAGGGCUAUGCCUUCAGUCAACGAAGAGAAACGAGAUAUUGCUUGCUAUGAGACUCCAUACUCCAGUCGAGAUAUCCACAAAGAAAACCUUCUUACAGAUCCUGGCUCCUCCCAAGAUGGUCCCAUCCGCUCUCCAGGCUCGCCGCGUUACCCAAUGGAGCGAUAUCAUCGUCGCUGCCUCCCCUGAUUGGGGCAAGCGUCUUAAAUAUACUGCUUUGCGAGUCCGCUACUUUUCUCCAUCCUGUCAUCUUCUUGCUCCAGUGCUUUCCAGGGUUUCUCACUCAGUACACCCCCUCGGUAAAUGCCACGAGCAGGACGACCUUGCAGCCCUCGGCUGCUCCCGCGUCACCCAUACCCAGAGAGGUUUCCAAGCACGUCUCCCAUGCAGCAAUCGGUUCCGACACAUCAUGUCUUGCUGCAAACCCGCUGACGCUAUCCCCUGGCACCCCACAGGAGCUGGGGAGGAGGUGUACUUUUAA